GCGCGGCAAGCCAACCAUAUCACCAGGGAAGCAGGAGCAGUAGAAGAAGAAGGUACUUCCGGUUUAAGUUAAAGCAAGCCUGAAUAAAAGAAUUAGUCGUUUUUUAUUUCCUGACUUCUGUGAAAGUACACCCGAAAUAGAAAAUUAGAUAAAGGCUCGUUUGUUGUUUUUCAAUUUCCAAUUUCCAAACGAAAAACGGGAGAUGAAUUAUUUCUCGUUUUUGUUGACCUUCCUCCAAACGAAAAUCGGAAAUCGGAUGAAUUUCCGAUUUUCAUUUUUCAAUAUCAACACGAAAAACGGAUGGUCGCGAAGUACACGGACCCGGUCGGGUGUACAAGGACCCUCAACACGAUACAGAAAGUAACUGCAGACGGGGGUGGGGAAGUAGGAGGAGGCUUUUACUAUAAUACGGUUUCCAGUAAACGCUUCUUCCUUCUGAGCCUUCAACCCGCAGCAGCUCUGCUCUGUCCUUCCUCUUCAUCUUCAGCCAUGGGUCCUGCUGAAGUCCUCCUGCUUCUGUCUCUGAUUUACUUGGCUUCAGCCCAGCAGGAGGUGGUGGUGAAGCUGCAGGAGGAUGUGACUCUUCAGUGUCUGAAUCCCAGCGAGGAAAGCAUCUCGGUGCUGAAGUGGAGCAGACCCGACCUCAACACCUACGGUUACGUCUACUUCUACAGAAACAAGCGCUCCUAUGAAAACUACCAGCAUCCAUCGUUCCACGGCCGGGUGAAGCUGAGAGAGGCGGACAUGAAGGGCGGAGACGCUUCUCUGAUCCUGAGGAACGUCUCCUUCAGUGACACUGGGAUUUACGAAUGUCACAUAUCAUCCAGGAACCUGAAGCGCAGCAGGAGAGCCGGCUCUGAGAUCAGCCACUUCAUCAGCCUCAGCGUUACGGCCUCAGAUGAAACCCACCUCAGCAAGCAGGGGCUCGACGUGGCUGGAGGAGAAGCCGAUGGAGACAUGCGUGAUGAAGGAAGAGUAGAAAGCAGCUCUGAUGUGAUGCUUGUUGCUGUAGGAGCUGUUGUUGUUGUUGUUGUUGUUGUUGUUGUUGUUGUUGGGGCUUUGAUGGCGUUCAGGAGUUUUAUAGGACGUAAGAAGCAGAAACCUUCAGAGCAUCAAAGCAAGGCUGAGAACCAGCAGCUGGUCUGAAUUAGAGAAAAUAAAAUCAUAAUUAAAUAUAAAAUGAAACGAUGAUUUAAAGCAUGGAACAGUGUGAACACCUCAGGUCAAUGUUCAACAACUCCACAAGAAAAAGUCAAGCUGAGUCUUCAAGGUUCACAUAAUCCCAGAUUAACAGCAAACACCCGUUUCCCUGGCAACCAGCAGGAAAAGAAAACACUGAUUAGACUUAAAACUGGAGAUGAAAAGACACAAAACAGGAAGCUGGAUCAAUUCCAGGUUGUUUAGUGCUGGGCAACUCUGAGGAUUUUAAUCCAGAUUAAUCACGUUGUUACUCACUAAAUUAUAAAAUUAAAUUAGAUUAAAUUCAUAUGAAAAAAAGAACGUCUACACGAAGAAAAGUUUAGUAACUUCUUUUUACCAGCAUGAUGUUUCCAGUAAAUCCCAGCUUAUAAAACCAAGAAGUUAUGAGGUUUUUUUGAAAGUGAAGUUAGCAGGGUGGAUUUAAAGCUCCACCAGCCUAAAUACAUAUAUAUAUAUAUAUAUAUAUAUAUAUAUAUAUAUAUAUAAAUAAAUAUACACACACUGUUGUAUGUGUGAAACAUACAGGUAUGUAAAGCUGCCGUAUGUGUGAAACAUACAGGUAUGUAAAGCUGCCGUAUGUGUGGAACAUCUCCAGGUGGCUUCAACCCAAUGAAAAACUAACAUGAGAAUGUUUCCAGGUGGAAACUUUAAUAUUCAGGUGACCGUAAAGCAGCAACAUUUCUGUUCCAGCAGAGAAAUGUGAAAUCAGUGAGACGGAGACGCAGGUUUCAGUAAGAACCCAAGAAAAGUAAAAAGUGAAACCAGGUUUGUUUACAUUUAAAUGCUGCUGAAUAUGUGAAGAAUGUCAUUUUUAAGUUUUCUACUUUGCACUACAUGAGUGAAGAGCUGUAUGAUUUAUCUUUGAACGUGGAAGAGAAACUUCAUCUAAAGCUCCUGGAAAAAGUCAAGGCGAGGUAGUUUUAACUGUUUUAACUGGUUUUCUGUACGACUGUCGUGGAUGUGCUUGUCUUCAUGAGGUGUGUUAAAUAUACUAAAAAAUAAAUAAAACAUUGGAACAGCA